AUGCCUAUCUUCGUUAUCACCGUCCCCGAGAUUCCUUCCGAGAGCCAGGAUCGCUUCCUCGAAGCCUGGCCUACUCUGAAAGAGGACCUCAAGUCUCAGCCUGCCGUCGCUGGAGUAUCAGCCGGACCUGUCGUGGCGGAGAACGGUGCUGCCUUCACCGGCUUCAAGUUUGUCCAGACCAUGGCUUUCAAGACGGCACAAGAUUUCGAAAACUUCCAAUCUUCUGCUUGGGCUCAGGAGCACAAGGCUAGGUACAACGAGCGUGUGGGCGGCGAGCCUGUGGCUGGCAAGUUUGAGGUCCCUGACUUUCCAGCCAACGCGUCGGCCAAAGCCUUCACCCAGUUUACGACGGUUCUUCUUGACGAUCGGGAGAAACGAGUGGAGCUACGCAAGGCCUGGACCGAUCUUGCAUCCGCACUUGGGUUGGAGACUUGGGGCGGCAUCAGUAUUGGAGAUGGGCCUUCUGUUGGCUUGGGUAUGAUCGGUUGGGAUAGUCUCGAGGAAGCCAAGGCCGCUUAUGGGGAUCCUAAGGCCGCAGAGGCGUAUGCUCAGUAUAAAGCCCUUGGACAGAUCAAGAGCACCAUGGUCAAGCUUGAGUAA